AUGGGCGAGCAUAAUCUUCUUAAUCCCGGUUCCGGGUUUGUGGGACCUUUGGUAAACAUCCACACUGGAGACACAUUUUACCUCCCCAAUUUCAGAGCGUCCGGGGGACAACUGGCGGGUCUAACCUCUCUCUCCUACCCAAGAAGGGACAAUGUAUGCUCGCUCCCUUGGACCCCUUCGGAGCCGUGCCAUGGAUAUCCUCAACCCUACUUUAGCAGUCCCAUGCCCAUUAAUCCCUCUUUCAACCGUGCAUGUGAAAUCACCAGACAAGAUGAAAGCAAAUGUUUUUACAGCAAUGGUGUCGGCAACAGGGAACCCUGCGCUGAAAGCGCAAUCCUCAAACGUGAAGAGAGGGCAAGAGGAGACUCUUCCUCCAUAACGAUGGAGCAUGGACUGCACAACGGGAUGGGCAACAAUGGUACAUUUUCCAAGUACGACUAUGGCCCCGAGCAGUUGACCCAAGAUCCGCCAUCCUGUCAAUCCCUAGAAUCUGACUCCAGUUCAUCGCUGCUCAAUGAAGGGAGCAAAUCUUCUGCAGGCAUCACUCAGGCGUUGACAUCCCCUGGCAAUGCGGGUGGAGGUGAGUCCUCCCCAGGCGCCCCGUGGUAUCCAAUGCACACCCGAACCCGAAAGAAACGUAAACCCUACUCCAAACUCCAGCUGGCUGAGCUGGAAGGCGAUUUCAUGCUCAAUGAGUUCAUCACCAGACAGCGGCGGAGGGAACUCUCUGACCGCCUAAACCUCAGCGACCAACAGGUUAAAAUAUGGUUCCAGAACCGGCGGAUGAAGAAGAAGAGAUUGAUGCUUAGGGAGCAAGCCUUAUCCUUCUUCUAA